UUAAGCAGAAAUGGACUUAUGAUGAAAUACCCUGUCUGAUUGCAAAGUUUCAUUCGUUAUGGCCACUGUUCUUGUAGGGAUUUGUUUUCUUCUAACUCAACCACAGCUAGUACCUUCUAGACCAACUUCAAACACAAAAAACUAUACUGCAUCGUUUAACGAAGAAGAAAUUCAGAAAAACGAUGUUAGGAAUCCUGUCCAUCCGAAUGGUACCAGCCAGAAUUUACCACAUACCAUCAUUAUUGGAGUACGGAAAGGCGGAACCAGAGCCCUUCUAGAAAUGCUUAGUCUCCAUUCAGAUAUUUCUCCAGCCGGAAGUGAAAUUCAUUUCUUCGACUUGGAAGAUCAGUAUACAAAAGGUUUACGCUGGUAUGUUGGUCAGAUGCCAUUCUCCUACCCGCACCAGCUAACUGUGGAAAAAACCCCAGCAUAUUUCACAUCUUCUCUGGUGCCCGAGAGAAUCUAUAACAUGAACAGCAGUAUAAGACUCUUGCUGAUCUUAAGAGACCCAAUUGAAAGAGUUUUGUCAGACUACACCCAGGUUUUUUAUAACCACAAACAAAAAAAUAAAUCCUAUCCACCCGUGGAGGACCUUCUUUUGAAAAAUGGAGAACUAAACACUGAAUACAAAGCUAUAAACCGAAGCUUGUAUUACACGUUCAUGGAAAACUGGCUAAAAUAUUUCCCGCUCGAAAAUAUUCACAUCGUUGAUGGGGACUGUUUGAUCAGGGAUCCUCUCCCAGAAAUGCAGAAAGUGGAAAGGUUUUUGAACCUUUCCCCACAGAUUAACGCAUCCAACUUCUACUUUAAUAAAACAAAAGGCUUUUUUUGUUUACGAGACAGCGGGAGGGAGCGAUGUUUACAUGAAUCCAAAGGAAGAGCGCACCCUAAAACAACACCAUUCUUGAUGGGAAAGCUUCAGGAAUAUUUUUCAGCACCAAAUAAGAAAUUUUUUGAACUGGUUGGAAGAACAUUUGAUUGGCUGUGAGAUUAUAAGACUUUGGGAAGAGAAAUCCCUGGAGUGUUAUGUGCGUAGAAGGAUUAUUAAGCUAUAAUUUAUUUGUAAAUGCUUGAACUAUAUAAAUAUGUAUAGCACUAAAUAACCAAUUCCCAUAAACUAUUUCUAUUUUUAUACUUGUGAAAUAUGAAAACUAUUUGCUAUCGGUUUUAAUGGUUAAUAAAAUACCUUCACUUUU